AUGGCCGAAAUCGUGGGCACAACCAUUGGUGUUGUGGGCCUGCUCGCCCAGCUUUUUGACGGGUGCGUCAAAGCCUAUGGGUACUUCACCACGGCUCAGCAACUCGACACAGACUCACAGAGGCUCCUGUGCAAGGUACGGAUAGAGGAGAUGAGGCUCGUGGUGUGGGGUAGAGAAUGGGGCGUUGCCGAGGGAAAGCUGGAACGACAUCUCCUGGGGUCGAAUGGCGGCAGCACCAAGAGCACAACCAACGGUCAGGAGCGCGGGCCCGCGAGGAGCUUUGGUGAGGGAAAUCCGCAGCUCAGAGCCUUGGCCAUGCAGAUCCUCGAGCAGCUGCAUACCACCGUGACGGACGUUGGGAAGCUGAAGGAGGUCUACGGGCUGAGUGACCCGACUGAGGCAAAGGGGAAGACGGAAUCUACCAAGAAAGGCACCAACAGCAGAAGUUGGAAGAAGGACUUUACUCUGAGAAGCAGAUGGGUGAUUGCAGACAAGGACAAAUUCACCACCUUGCUCAGGGAUCUCAAAGACUUCAACGACGGACUGGAACGCCUCUUUCCACCAUCACAGCUGCCAUCCUUCCAGCGCGCCUGGACGCAUCAACUCCUCGAGUCUGCCCAGAGAGACGUCAAGCAACUGUCUCUCCUCGAGACGGCGUCGUCAGAGACCUAUCCCCACCUCACCAACACGGCCAACCUCAAGAAGCUGCGCAUCAACCUAGACGCAGCGCCGCAGUCAACCUUUAGGCCCACCCAUGCUCUCAAAGUGCCGAGGGAAAUUCUGUCCAUCCCUGACAUUGUCUCCCCCAGGAAACUCGAAGGCAAUCGCUGCCAUGCCCAUCAUGACACGACCGGCGACGUUCUGAUAGAAUGGGUACUCUACGAUCCGCACGCCCUAGACGAGCGUCUCGCCCAUCUACGCCGAAUGGACGAUCUCGCGCGCAUGAUGCACUCGGCGUCCAUCCGCCACCCCGACCUACACUCCAUCGACUGCAUCGGCUACACGGACGACGCACUCAACUCCCGCUACGGCCUCGUCUACCGCGCCCCCUCGGCCUCCUCGUCGUCUCUCCAUGCCCUCAUCUCGUCUCCAGAUCUCAAGACGCCAGACCUGGACGCCAGGGUCAGGCUGGCCACCACCCUGGCGGUGGCCACGUGGAGUCUGCACUCCCUAGAUUGGCUGCACAAGUCCCUCUGCUCGAGCAACGUCCUCUUCUUCCCGUCCAUCUUCUCGACCGCGGCGCACGGCGCGACUGUCGCGUCCGCUCUGGCGCCUGACAUCUCCAACCCCUAUCUCACCGGCUUCGACGCCUCUCGCCCGGAAAUCGAGACUGCCUUGUCGGUGGCACCAAGAAAUCCCAGUAUCACCAAUCUGCACCGUCACCCUUGUUCCCUGCGCGGCUUGCCUGCGACAAAGGCGUAUGACGUCUAUAGUCUAGGCCUCGUGCUGUUGGAGAUUGGCUUGUGGAAGAUACUGCAAAACUACCACAAGGCACACUACUCGGCGGAACGUUGGCGCGACAAGGUCCUGCUCCCCGUCCUGGUGCCAAAUCUGGGGGCAAAGAUGGGUCCGCGGUACAGGGACGUCGUGGAGAUGUGCUUGAGUGUUGGGGAAGGCACAAACAGCAAGGAAGCGGGCGAGCUGAUGGAAGUCGUGGUGAGUCAGCUGGAAAGCAUACGAGUGUGA